AUGACGACGAUCGGUACGCUCAACGAGGAGGGCGUGAACGUGGACUUGUACAUUCCGCGCAAGUGCCACGCGACCAAUAACCUCAUCACGUCGUAUGACCACUCCGCCGUGCAGAUUGCCAUCGCGAAUGUGGAUGCCAACGGUGUGAUCAACGGUACGACGACGACCUUCUGCAUUGCUGGUUAUCUUCGCUGCCAGGCUGCGUCUGACCACGCGAUCAACCACCUUGCGAUUGCGAAGGGCAUGAUCAACAUCAAGACUGGCAAGAAGCCUCGCGCGAAGAAGGUGACGAACCUGAAGGGUCCUGGCGCUCGCGGCGCAGCAAAGGGCGCUCUGCAGCAAAGGGGCGCUCGCGGCGCUCCCGGCCAGAAGGGUGCUGCCCAGCGCGGCGGCGCGCAGAGGGGCAACGCCCGCAGGCCUCAGCAACAGCAGCAGAAG